AUGACGAUAACGUCCAUUCAGAUAUUGGUUGCAUUAGCGGUGAUACAUGAUCUUGAAAUUCAUCAAACAAAUGUGCAAACAAUAUUAUUAAAUGGAGAAUUGGAGGAAGAAAUUUACAUGGAACAACCCAAGAGUUUUGUGGUCCUUGGUAAAGAAAGAAAGUUGUAUCGUUAUGCUCCUGAGUUAGUGGGGAACAUGAGGGCUCAUAUGAGAAAGUUUGCAUCUGUUCUCUCGGUUAACUUGGUACUGGAAUGCAAAGAAGAAAUGCUGAAUAGGGACAUGGAUUUCUCCAAGUUAUCAGGGCACAUGCAGAAGUCUUCAGCAAAUGCACCUGCGCCCAGGCCUUUGGGUGAGCAGCAGUUCCAAUCAGGAGACAGGCCUAGAGUUCAGGUGCCAUCUUCAGCUAGUGCCCCUACACCCAGAACCAAGAAGGAGCAGUGGGGCAGGUUUUCCAUUUCUAGAUAUCAAAAUAGUAUGGGUGGAAGGCCAAGUUAUCCGAUACAUGCAAAGUGUGGCAGAAACCAUUGUUAUAGAUAUGGAAAGUCGGGUCACAGAAUUAAAGAGUGGACGUAUGCCAAGCAUGAAAGCAGGGAUGUUCGUUCCCAGACUCAGGCUACUAGCGCAUCGGCUCCACUAGGUCGCCCAGUUCCUCCUCAGGGCGCAUCAUCUAGAACUGGUGGCGGUCAGCUCCAGAAUCAAUUCUAUGCUUUACCAUCCCGACAAGAGCUGGAGACUUCACCUGAUGUUGUUACUGGUAUGCUUCGUGCCUGUCAUCUUGAUGUAAAUAUGUUGUUAGACCUAGGGUAA